AUGGGCUCCCGGUCUUUGCCCCCGGCCUGGCUGCUCUAUCUCGAAGACCACCGCAUCUCUACGUUCAAGAACUGGCCCUUUUUGGAGGGCUGCGCCUGCACCCCGGAGCGGAUGGCCAAGGCCGGCUUCGUCCACUGUCCCACUGAGAACGAGCCCGACUUGGCCCAGUGUUUCUUCUGCUUCAAGGAGCUGGAGGGCUGGGAACCAGAUGACGACCCCGUAGAGGAACACAGAAAGCAUUCAUCUGGUUGUGCAUUCCUUUCUGUCAAGAAGCAGUUUGAAGAAUUAACCCUCAGUGAAUUUUUGAAACUGGACAUGCAAAGAACCAAGAACAAAAUUGCAAAGGAAACCAACAGUAAGAAGAAAGAAUUUGAAGAAACUGCAAAGAAGGUGCGCAGUGCCAUUGAGCAGCUGGCAUGCUUGGAGUGA